AUGCCAUCCAAAUUUGCUUGGAACAACUUUAAUCCCCCUCAUCGCCAGUCAGUGUAUGAGAGAGCCAGCGAAAGGCUGGGGGUCGAUCUCCGUGAGGAGGAAGACACUGUGGAAACAGCUGAGAGCGAGGGAGCUGCCUGUGCUGACCACGACUAUGCUACUCCCCCCACGCCCGGUAGUGACAACUCAGAUGCUAUCCGUAUCACGUCCUCCAUCGUCAUUUUCGGCAAAUUCCGCAAGGAUUUGGAGAAGUUGGUCGCGCUGGCCGAAUCCAUUCUUGUCGUCCUUUACAGAAACAGCGCACCGGAAGUCGUCAUACCCGACAUUUGA